AUGAUUUCCCAAUCCCACAGACACUGGCCGAAGCAGGUCUGCUACUCUGCACUGCGUCUUUGGAGAGAGACCACGGCCGCUCCGAUUUCCAGAAUGUCGGCUCAGUCUCGUGGCGCCAUAAAACCGCCGCCAUGGGCCAUUGUAGAACCUGUUCUGGCCGAGUCGGCGCUCGGAGUGGCCGGUCGGAGAGACUUGCAUGAGUUGACAGUUCAACGCAAUCGUCUGCCGUCCAGCCUCAAUGCUUCCGUUUCUGCAUCAACAUGUUGUCGUCCUGUGUUGCCGGGCGAGACGUGCAACAAACGCAGUCGGGCGCCCCCUUUGAUCUCGCGGUACCGUGGCGAGACGCCGCCCACACCCGCCGGUAGACCGUUGCCAUCCGGCUGGUCGGAUUUCAGCUACGAUGGCGGUCUCUUUCGCACAACUCCAGCCUCUUUGGGCCGGCACGGUUUCUACGUCAUCCAUCCCGAAUGGCUCAGUGAUGCCAUCACCAUUCGCCGCCUCGGACCGGGUCCAAGACCGACGCCAUUGCCGGUGCUGACGACCUCUCGGCUCGUCGGGACCACCAGUCGUCUUUCGCGACCUCUCGACGCUUCGUCGCAUGCUACUACUCACGCAAGCAACAGUAGUAACGCAGUCCGGUUCGAUUCGCGAAAUCCAAACAACUCCACUUCUGCAGCACUGGCCGAAUCGAGUCAGCGCAGUCUCUUAUGGCCGCACCGCUGUAAGAGCGCUCCGCCAAUCAAGCACAAAAAUCCCAUCACUUGGGACAUGUAG